AUGCUCCCCGAUCGCCAUCAGAUUAGUCCCGUCCCAGAUUCUCCACCUUUUCAAAUACUGCUGACUAAUGGGUCGCAAGAUCCGUCCGACACAGUCAUGGCAGCGACGAUGACGGGAUUUGCAGAGAAGAAGAGAAAGAAUCCGUUUAUUGAAUUUACGAGAUUCCAAAAGAAUAUGAAAGUAGAGAGUCAAGAGACACGGAUUGGAUUUGAUCCUGUGAACUUUAUGUUUGCAAUAAAUGUGGAAUGGACGAUGAUGUAA